CUCGACUCGACGCUGUUAUUUUGCAACCAUGUCCAACGACUCUUUCAUUCACGCAUGUGCCGGUGGUCUGGGCGGCAUCGUGGCCAUGACAGCCACCUACCCGCUCAUGUCGAUCAGCACACGCGCCGCCGUCGAAUCUUCCAAGCACCCGGAAGAGUCGCUAAUCACUGCCGCCAAAAGAAUCGUCCAGCAGGAGGGCAUCACGGGUCUGUAUGCUGGCCUCAACUCGUCCCUCAUUGGCGUGGGCGUCACGAACUUUGUCUACUACUACUUUUUCGAGCAGAGCAGGGACGUCAUUCUGCGCUCCAAGAGGCGCUUGGCGGCGCAGGCCGCCCAGACGGAGGGCGCUAUGAUUGCCGCGGGCGGUGCCUUGAGCACGCUCGAGAGCAUGUUGGCAGGCGCCAUUGCGGGCUCGGCAACGACUGUCAUCUCCAACCCAAUCUGGGUGAUUAGCACGCGCCAGACCGUGCGCAUCUCUCGGCGCGAAGAAGCCUCCUCGUCGUCGGUGACGCGGGGCAAAGACGCCCAGCCAGUCAAGAAGCUCAGCUUCCUCCAGACGAUCCAGCACGUUCUCAAGACCGACGGACCGUCUGCUUUCUGGCGCGGACUCGGGCCAGCAUUGGUGCUCGUCAUCAACCCCAUUCUGCAAUAUACCGCCUACGAGCGAUUCAGGGCCGCCGCGCUGGAGUCAAAGAAGGCGCGCGGUGCCGUGGCCAGGCUGAGUGAUCUCGAGGUGUUUUUGCUCGGAGCACUCAGCAAGCUCGUCGCGACCGGUGUCACAUAUCCUCAGAUUGUCAUCAAGAGCCGGCAACAGUCUGGCGGCGAGAGCAAGGGAAACGUCUGGACGGCCAUGACGGACAUUGUCAACCGCGAGGGCCUGGCAGGCCUCUACCGCGGCAUCACCUCCAAGCUGCUCCAGUCGAUGCUCACGGCCGCCCUCCUCUUCCUGGGAAAGGAGAGGAUCUACAACUUCACAAAGACUGCCCUGGCUGCACCAACAGUGGCGGCCAAGGCCUCUUCUGCCAAGUAGUGGCCGAGCAGCACUGCUGUGCAAAUGAAUACUUUCGAGCCAGAAGUAGAGUGAGAGAGAGACAUCAGACGAGGUGAAUAUUACCCG